AUGUUGGAAAAGUCGAGACUGCUGAACGUUGAUUGCAUCACCUACGACUUGGAAGACUCCGUAACCGUCUCCUCGAAGCCCGCCGCCCGCUCGCACAUCCGCGAGAUCCUGUCGCUGCCCCGCGCCCCUGGUAUCCGCGAGCAAGCCGUGCGUGUAAACUCGAUCGGGACCGGUCUCGCGCUCGAUGAUCUCACAGAAGUGCUCAAAGCGCCGCAUCUCGACACAAUCGUGGUCCCGAAAGUUGAGAGCCCGGCAGAUGUAACCUUUGUCGCCAAUGUCCUCGACCACUCAAACCAUCCCAACAAAACCGGCAUAAAAAUCAUUGCCCUCAUCGAGUCUGCCCGCGCAAUAAUGGACAUUCGCUCCAUCUGUGCCUCCUCCCCGCGCCUCAGCGGCCUCGUCUUCGCCGCCGAAGACUUCGCGCUCGACCUCUCCCUCACACGCAGCCCCAGCCUGACCGAGUUCCUCUUCGCGCGGCAGACCAUUGUCGCCGCCGCCCGCGCAUACGACAUCCCGUCGGCCAUCGACCUGGUGUGCACGGAGUACAAGGACACCAGCGAGGCUGGUGCCCUGGCGCGCGAGUGCAAGGAGGGUGCGGCGAUGGGGUUUAAUGGGAAGCAGGUUAUACAUCCGGGGCAGAUCGAGAGGGUGCAGGCUAUGUUUCUGCCGAGUGCGGAGAGGGUGAGGGGUGCGGUGCGGGUGCUGGUGGCGGAGAGGAAGGCUGAGGAGCAGGGGAGGGGGAGUUGGGCGCUGGAUGGGAAGAUGGUGGAUGCGCCGGUGGUGGGCGCGGCGAGGGGGGUGAUGGAGAAGGCGGAGUUGGGGGGGAUUGAUGUGGAGAAGAUCUUUGAGGAGGAGAAGGGGACGGUCCCGGACUCGUAG